UUCCCUGGCUCUCCUGGCUGUCCUUCCCCUAGCGACACAGCGAGCAGGCUGGUAGAGUCCCCGGCAGCACGGCGCGCAACACAACACACUGACAGCUGCGACUGACUUGCAAUCGAGGGGAAAGAUGGAGCACAGAGACGCCGACUUCAACAUAUUGCUAGCGACCGAUUCAUACAAGGUAACACAUUACAAGCAGUACCCCCCCAACACGAGUAAAGUGUACUCCUACUUCGAGUGCCGUGAGAAGAGGACAGAUCCCACCAAGAACAGAAAAGUCAAAUACGACAAAACCGUCUUCUACGGCUUACAGUACAUCCUCCACAAAUACCUAAAAGGAAAGGUGGUGACUCCCGAGAAGAUCCAGGAGGCGAAGGAAGUAUACAGAGAACACUUCCAGGAUGACGUUUUCAACGAGAAGGGCUGGAACUACAUCCUGGAGAAGUACAAUGGCCACCUGCCCAUUGAAAUCAAGGCUGUGCCGGAGGGGAGUGUGAUUCCUCGAGGCAACGUCUUGUUCACAGUAGAGAGCACAGACCCCGAGUGCUACUGGCUCACCAACUGGGUGGAGACCAUUCUGGUGCAGAUCUGGUACCCCAUCACCGUGGCGACCAACUCCAGAGAGCAGAAGAAGAUCCUUGCCAAGUACCUCCAAGAGACCUCUGGGAACUUGAAGGGCCUGGAGUACAAACUGCAUGACUUUGGCUACAGAGGCGUCUCCUCACAAGAGACUGCAGGUAUCGGGGCCUCCGCCCACCUGGUCAACUUCAAGGGCACAGACACAGUAGCUGGCAUCGGAGUCAUCAAGAAGUACUAUGGCACCAAGGACCCUGUGCCGGGCUUCUCGGUGCCCGCUGCAGAACACAGCACCAUCACAGCUUGGGGGAAGGACCAUGAGAAAGAUGCCUUUGAGCAUAUUGUCAAGCAGUUUCCCAACGUGCCCGUGUCCAUAGUGAGCGAUAGCUACGACAUCUACAACGCCUGUGAGAAGAUCUGGGGUGAGGACCUACGGGGGCUGAUAGAGAAACGCAGCGCUGAUGCCCCGCUGGUGGUCCGGCCAGACUCAGGAAACCCUCUAGAUACAGUUCUAAAGGUUUUGGAAAUCCUUGGUAAGAAAUUCCCAACAGAGGAGAACUCUAAAGGUUUCAAGGUCCUUCCUCCUUACAUCAGAGUUAUCCAGGGAGAUGGAGUGGAUAUCAACACACUUCAGGAGAUAGUGGAGGGUAUGAAGCAACACAGGUGGUCCAUUGAGAACAUUGCCUUUGGCUCCGGAGGGGCUCUGCUCCAGAAACUGACCAGAGAUCUGCUCAACUGCUCCUUCAAAUGCAGCUACGUGGUCACUAACGGACUGGGGGUGAACGUGUUCAAGGACCCGGUGGCGGACCCCAACAAGAGGUCAAAGAAAGGCCGACUGUCUCUGCACCGGACGCAGAGCGGAGACUUUGUCACCCUGGAGGAAGGCAAGGGCGACCUGGAGGAGUAUGGCGUGGACCUGUUGCACACAGUGUUUCAGAACGGGAAGAUUGUGAAGACGUACACAUUUGACGACGUCAGAGACAAUGCUAAGCUCAAAGAGAGCGAGCUUGAAGAGCUGCUGCACUGAGCGUUGCACUAUUCUGACCUCCCCAACCCCACCCCACCCCCCAGAUGACCCCCCUCACCCUUCACCCUUUGGCCUCUGACGUCACCCCAGCAAACGGAGGUAGCGUGCACUGCUAAUAGACCCCCAGCCCCAAAGCCCAAGAGACGCCCCAUCCAACCUUCCUAAAAAACCCGAAAUCCCCCUUAAAAUUUCCUGGAACUUGACACCCCCAGUUCCAAAGCACUGUCGGUUCUCCAAUAUAGCGGGGAAUGAGAGAAGAUUUGGAAACCCACACACCUCCGACCAAUGCCGAACACCCCCUGAGAGUGAGAGAGAGAGAGAGAGAGAGAGAAAGAUGGGGAGAGAAAGAGAGAGGAAAAUGUGAGAGAUACUGGAAUGACAGAUUUGUAGAGGAAGUUGCGGAUGCAGUUAAGACGAUAAACUCCGCGUUCACAUCGCCAUGCUACAGCCCCACGGUCAAAUUAGAAAACGCCGAUAGGCAGUGUUGAUGAGAAUUUGUGUUUCAGCAGACGUUUCCAGUGGUAACACACAAGGAAACGAGCUGAGUGCGGCUAACAUCUCUGUGGUUUUAUCAAAUGAGCGACCUUCUGGUGGCGUGUUGCAUGCGAUGUGAACGCAUGGCUAGCCUGAGUGAGAAACGGAGAGGGAGAGAAAUAUGAAGCCACACCCACACCAAUGACUGUGCCCCUUGUAUUGUGUACAGAGCUGUUUAGAAAAAAAAUGUCUGAAUCUACUUAGCUUUGUCUUUUAUGUGAAUGAAGGAAACGAUGAUCAUGGUAUAUAAGGAUGCACUGAUAACAUGAACAGCUACCAGCUAAUACAUUGCUUCAAUUAUGUAUCAGAGAAGGUCUUGUAUGUGGAAAUAUGAAUUAAAUCUUGACCACGGGAGGCCAUUUGCAGGCUUAUUAAUCUAACAAACUGCAUUUUCUGUUUUUUCGAGUAGUUGAGGCCAUCGUUGAGGCCACUAUAAAAGGCCAAAACAAUAUGCAGAAGUACCUUAAUAAUUCAUACUCGCGCUUGUCUGACAGAAUGUUAUUAGUGCAUCUCUGAAGGUAUAUAGAUGAUCAUCUACCUGCCAAUAUGUUUUAGACUGCGUUUCCUGCAUUGCAUUCACAUCUUGAAGGCCCAAUCCACAAUCCAAACACUAACAAAAGUGUAACCACACAGCUAAAAUCCAAAAUAUAUGGACCACAGACAUGAAUCUACUCUGAUUGAUCGGUAGAGCUCAUUAAUAUUUGACUUGUUUUACAAGUAUUUGGAAGAUGCGACAACAAUAAAAUAAGAAAGAAAUGAAAACGGUUGUUUUCAGGAACAAUUGUUUAAUUCCUCUGAUGUUAAUGUCUGAUGUAAGCCCCAAGAGUUUUCAAAAAGUUGACAGGAUUAGGUUUCAUUUCACUUUUUUCCACUGUUUCACCAGAUUUGUUCCCCGAAUUUUGGAUUGGGUGCUCAUGGUGGCAAAUGCUGUUGAAACGAGUCUUUGCUGUAUAAGACCAAGAGUUGAUGUAAAAUGGAUCACAGAACUAGUCUUCACAGGCAUGGAGACAAGCUGUGAGUCUCACUGUGUGUUGAUGAACGAUUACUAAAUGUGGCUCCUGGGCUGAGAUGUACAUGUUAAAUGUUGGUAAUGGUGUGUGUGUGCUGGGAUCUGUGUGUGUGUGUGAGAGAAUGAGUGAGAGUGAGUGAGUGAGCGCGCAUGCAUGUGUGGUUGUGUAUGCUCACUGACGUUUUCUUCCUUUAAAGGAUUAUGAGGUAUUCCUUUAUGCAAAUGUAUUUGUUAAUCGGGGGAAUAGAGAGCACUCUUCCUUUACUUUGCUGGCCUUUUUUUCUGAAGGGAGACGCAGCAUUGUGACAAAACGGUGGUGAUACACUAGUUGUUUUCCUCCCCUCGGGCAACUUAAAGGCAACGCUGCAGCCAACAGGCAGACAACACCGAGACAUGGCAUCAACAGUGGUACAAAUGUGAUUAAACCGAGCAUGCACAAGCAACUAGUGGGGCAAAGUUGCCAACUAGCGUUGCCUAAAAUGUUGCCCCGGGCAUCACUGCCUUAACUCCUGAAAAGCAGGGAAACUUUGAGCAGAGGCGGUUCAAGAAAAGAGAGGCAGUGCCGAGCCCUGCCACUUAACUCUCUUGCAUGGAUUUUCAACGUUAUUGCCCAGGUGUAAAGGGGAUCUCGGUGAUAAUGCCUUCAGGAGUUGACCAUCUUCUCUGAUGAGUGUCAGUCUUGCUUCUAAGCAUAUUCAGUCACAUUGCUGAGUUGGCCUUUUCCAGAGCAGAGAGAUUUUCUUUUUCUGUUGCAGAGCUGCGAGGGAAUGAGGAGGAGCGGGGAGCCGGUGACAUCACAGGAAUCAAACGUUUUGAUGAAGAAUUUGGCUGUAGAGCGUUAGCCAGAGAUGUGUGUGUCCUCUCUAACAUGAGGGAUAUUCCUCAGCAACUCCCAUACAUGUAGCAGCACUAAGCAACAGAAAUGGCCUCAACUGGAAAACUGCAAAGACUAAGCCAUCAGUCAGCAGGUCUGGAUCCAAUACAUGCGGUGAGAGUUGUCAAUCAUGUAGACAAGGUUUGUUCUUUAAACCUUUAUUUAUCCAGGUGAUGGUUUUGCUGAAGGUGUACAUUCUUUUCCAACAUCAUGCUACUUCACAUUCAGUUACAAAUGCAGUCCGGUGCAACCAUAGUCUGCGAGUGUUUGCCGCUGAACAGCUUCACUGGAGAAAUAAAAGCCUCUAGUUUGCUCAAGGGCCCUUUAGCAGUAAUUAUUGGCUUUGCCCAUGUGUAUUGGCCAAGAGAGCACAGGGAUGUGGUAGGGGGAAAAAAAAGAAAAAACCUGAAGAAAGUCGUGAUGUCACUGACUCCUCUCUCUCGCUCCUGCCCAGAGACCAUACUACUCAAACACAGCCAAGCUGGUGAACAACACAACUAAUCACAUUGCUGAAACACUGUUGCGCUGUUUUCUUCAUUUUCCUCUUUCUUCUUUUCCUUUUCUUUUUCUUUUUCUUUUUUUUUUUGUGCAACUGGAAUGUCAAUCAAUCACUUGUUAUCUGUUGAAACAUUUGUUAUCCAUCAGUUUGGUUUGGAAAGCGAAGCAGUGGUCAUUGUUUUUAUUUUCUUUUUCCUUCUCAAUCAUGGGGUGCAUUUUAGUAAAGUUUUGAUUUUACUAUUUUGAUACUGUCUUGGUUCUUACCUCAGAAAAAUAUUAUUUUGUAUGACAAAGGAGAAAAAAAAUGCCACAAAUAUUGCAGUAAAUAUCCUUAUUUACGAUCGAUGCGGCCAAACUGCCUUCUCACUUGUAUAUAUAACAACUUAUUUGACUGAAUGCAGAGAGGGCAGGUUAGGGAGAUGAACACAGUAGAUAAUAUUAUUAUUAUUUUUGUCUAAAUGACCAUUUUUGUACCAACAGAAUAUCCAAAACUGCUUGAGUGAAGGCAGUGUGACUGUUUUUUGUGAUUGCAAGCUUUUAGCUUCUGGUGUGCGUGUGUGUGUGAGUGAGUGAGUGUGUGUGCGCGUGUGUGUAGCCCUGUGUGAAUGCCUUGUGUGUAAUGGAUGAAAAAUACUAUGUGAAUCCUUUUAUUUUUUUUGUUGUUGUUGUUGUUUUACUUGUAUGUAUAUGUUGGUUGUCCCAAAUUCUCUCCUGACACAACUUCUCUGAUAUUUUAACUAACAUAACCGUUGCUAUAUUGUCAACAAUACACUGAUUAAAGAUUCCACCCUGUCGAUUUCA